AGAUUAUUUUUCGAUAAAGACUAAUUUACCAUAUUAUCUAAGUGAAAGUAGAAAAAUAAGCAAAAUAAGCUAGAACAUGAGACACGUAGUUUUACAAACCUAAGAUAUAAGUAGGCCGGGCAUGCGAGUUCAACCGGGUGCGGCCCAGGAGCCGGCCUGAUUCACGGUGUGUCGAGCCCGACUCAAGCAAAUUUGGAUCUCAGGUUCGAUUGAACCAGAUGAGAACGGCAUCCUCAAAUUCGCACUCGUGCCCUAAAAGCAGCGGUGAAACCGUCUCCUUCUCCACAGUCACUGCAACUGCGGCGUGUACCUUGGCGAAAGCCGGCAGCGGCGGCGGCAUUUUCCUCCGUCGAGCUCAUAUCGCUGCGGCGUUUUCCUCGGCGAACGGUGACAGCACCCGGUAUCUCUCUCUUACUCCUUCUCCUCCUCUUCUUCCUGCUUCGCCGUCGCACAAUCCCUUCUCCUCCCUCCUCCUCUAUCUUCCCCCGUUCAUCGCAGCCUACCGCCCCCCGCCUCGUCGCAACCCCCUUUCUCCGAUCCAUCCUUCCUCUUCCCCGUUUAGCCACAGCUCUCCCGCUUCCCCGACACCAUCCUCCUCCUCCCUUCUCCUCCCUCCUCCUUCUUUCCCCCGUUCAUCGCAGCCCCCCGCCUUUCUUCCUUGGUCCCUCCCCCUCCUCCACUUCAUCACAGCCCCCGCCCCCUGUCGACCCCGGAAGCCACCUUCACCAUCCUCCGACCCCAACAGACCCAUCUCCAUUUUCCUACGCCGUGCCAGACAGCCCCCUCUCCAUUAUCCUGCUCCGGCCCCGACAGCCCCCAUCUCCAUUUUCCUACUCCAGCCCCGACAGCCCUCAUCUCCCUCCUCUACACCCCUCUUAGCCUUCUCUAUACAUCUUCCCCUCCGCUUUCCUACUUCCUGAUAGUUACCCACUACCCUCCCAACAAGCAGUCAGCAGCAUGCCAUGAGCAUUUACUUCAAAGAAAUAGCAUGUCAGUGUAUGCAAGUUAAAUACUGUUGUCAAGAUAGACGGCAGGAGAAGUGAUGCUUUUAGAGAGAACAAAGAGGAUUGGGGAAGUCUUAGUGACAAAAAAACGUGGAAAAGUUAGAAAAAGAGAUAGCAGAGACAACA